AUGAGUGGAGGGGAAUCCAGAGGAGGCUCCUGGAGGGGUGGGAGAGGAGGAAGAAGAGGAGGAGGAGGAGGUGGUGGUGGCGGUGGUGGCGGUGGUGGCAGUGGUGGCGGUGGCGGCAGUGGAUGGAGAGGAGGUGGAGGAGGAUGGAGAGGAGGUGGUAGUGGAUGGAGAGGAGGUGGGGGAGGAUGGAGAAAUGGUGGUGGAGGAUGGAGAGGGGGAGGAUGGAGGGGUAGACCAUGGAGAGGAGGAUCAGGAGGAGGAGGAAGAGGUUCAGGAGGAGGAGUAUGGAGAGGUGGAGGUGGUCUUGGGUCAGGAGGAUCAGGUACCUUCGGCACUCAGAGGGCUCUUUGUCAGGUUACUCUGGAUGCACUGUGUCCAUACAAAGGAUGGGCACUUUACUUCACAGAAGGCUUCAUAGAGAGUGCACCUACUGUGAAGAAGAUCAAAGUUUUUGAGAAAUAUUUCACUUCCAGGAUUCACCUGUAUGACAAGGAUGAGAUUGAGCGUCAGGGCAGUAUUCUGGUGGAUUAUGCAGACUUGAUUGGAGACAAGACUGUGCGUAAAGCGCUUCCUGACCUAACAACAGAGCUGAAGGAACAACCAGAGUUGAUACUCAACUCUUUGGGAGUGGCCAUUCACCAGGUGUUGACUGUAGAUUUGGAGAAACAGGCUGCUGAGUUGCAAGGGGAAGAGCUUCCUGUUGCUACUCCAAUCAUCAACAUCCCUCAUAUUAGCGCAAGGCUGUAUAACUACGAACCGUUGACUCCGUUGCGGACACUGCGUGCCAGUGUGUUUGGACGGCUGGUGUGUGUGAAGGGAACAGUGGUCAGAGUUAGCAAUAUCAGACCUUUCUGUACCAGGUUGGCCUUCAUAUGUCUGGGCUGCUCACAUACCCAGUCUCUGCCCCUGCAGCAUGGGAAAUACGCUACACCUACUAAGUGUACCCAGCCUGACUGUCGCAGUCGUUCCUUCACCCCUUGCAGGAGUUCUCCUCUUACACAUGCUGUAGACUGGCAGAUCAUCAAGGUGCAGGAGUUGAUGGGUGGGGAGCAGAGAGAGACUGGAAGAAUCCCACGCACUGUGGAGUGUCACCUGACCUCCGACCUCUGUGACAGCUGCGUCCCUGGAGACACUGUUACUGUUACAGGGAUAGUUAGAGUUACCAAUGAUGGUAUUUCCCGGGGAAAUAAGGAUCAGUGUAUGUUCCUCCUCUAUCUUGAAGGCAUUUCAGUCAGUAAUACUAAAGGUCAGCCGUCCAAGUCGGGUCAGGGGUCAAGAGGGUCGCUUGAAGAUCGUUCUGGCGGGGAGGAGUUCAGUCUGAAGGAGCUGUAUGCCAUCCAGGAGAUCCAGUCACAGCCUGACCUGCUGAGAGUCAUAGUGCACUCUUUGUGUCCUGUCAUCUAUGGCCAUCUACUGGUGAAAGCUGCUCUUGCCUUGGCAUUGUUUGGAGGCAGACAGAAACACACAGACAAGAACAGUGUUCCAGUCAGAGGAGACCCACACAUCCUGAUGGUGGGAGACCCUGGACUGGGGAAGAGUCAGAUGUUACAGGCAGUGUGCAAUGUGGCUCCCAGAGGAAUUUAUGUAUGUGGUAACAGUACCAGCACCACAGGACUAACAGUGAAUUUAUCCCGAGACGCAGGAACAGGGGAUUAUGCUCUGGAGGCUGGAGCCUUGGUGCUGGCUGACCAAGGUUUGUGUUGCAUUGAUGAGUUUGAUAAGUUGGGCAGCCAGCAGCAGGCUCUGUUGGAAGCCAUGGAGCAGCAGUCUGUGAGUCUGGCAAAGGCAGGAAUAGUUUCCUCUCUUCCUGCUAGAACCUCAGUCGUAGCUGCAGCGAACCCAGUUGGAGGACAUUACAACAGAGGCAAGACUGUCUCUGAAAACUUGAAAAUGGGCUCGGCUCUCCUCUCUCGCUUUGACGUUGUCUUCCUCCUGCUGGACAUCCCAGAUGAGUCACAUGACCGUCGCCUGUCAGAGCAUGUCAUGGCAAAUAGGGUAGGAAGAGGCAGAACCAGCAGUGCCACAGUCACCAGGGCUAACAAUCAGUUUGACACCUCCAUCCUAUUAGAAGACUCAGACAUGCCACUGUCUGAACGUUUACAGAUCCCUGCAGGUGAAACUUUAGACCCCAUUCCAACUUGCUUGCUAAGGAAGUACAUCAGCUAUGCUCGACAGUACGUACGUCCCUCACUGUCUCCUGAAGCAGCACAGACACUUCAGGACUUCUAUCUGUCACUAAGAUCUCAGCGGCAUUCUGCUGAUGCCACACCCAUCACCACACGACAACUGGAGUCUUUAAUUAGACUAACUGAGGCAAGAGCCAGGUUGGACCUGAGAGAGACGGCUACUAAGAGUGAUGCAGAGGAUGUGGUGGAGAUCAUGAAACACAGUCUGGCUGAUACAUAUUCAGAUGGCCUGGGCAAUCUGGACUUUGAGCGCUCUCAGCUUGGGUCAGGUAUGAGUCAACGCAGUGCUGGAAAACGAUUGAUCAACGCGCUGCACUCUCACGCACAGAGGACCAAUCAGAAGCAGUUUGACCUCCAGAUGCUUCGAACUGUGGCCAGCAGUCUGAACAUCAAGGUGGCAGACUUUGAAGGUCUGGUGAGUUCCCUGAAUGAACAGGGUUUCCUGCUGAAGAAAGGAGCCAAGUUAUACCAGCUGCAGACAGUCUGAUCACUGACAGCUGUAACAGACUCAGACUACACACCUGCUCCAUACUACAAGGUCAGUGUUUGGGAUUAUUGAAAAGGUUCUCUCUUUAUAGAAAAGAAAAAAAAAUGCUGGGGAAUCCAUUAUCCAGACUACUUUCACCAAAUAACCAGCAGACUGCAGUAGCAGAAAGGACAAAUCAUCUCACUGCUGAGAGAACAACACUCUCUGCAGGACCUCACAGCAGCCAUGGUUUCCUGAAUGAACAUAAACUUCCCGCUAAAAAGAGGAACUACCCUGAGCUGACUAGAGUGCACACACCUCUAUCGAAAUAGUCGGCAUUUCUUUACACGCGAAAAGCUUCCAACUGAACAAAUGUAUGACUGAUCAUACUUAUGAUUUGGUUUCGGUGUGAUGUUUCACAGAUACUAGUAUCUAAAUAAAGAUAUAAAAACAUAUCCAGAAUUUUGAAAUAUAUCUGGGUUUAGGCUGGUUUACACUAAUAGGCAGGUACACUUUUAAUUCAACAGUGCAUUGUGACUUUGAAAACAACAGCUGUUGCAGAAAAUUGUUAUACCGGUAUUUCAAAGUAAGGUUGGUCUUUGACGAUAUGUUGAAUGUAAGAGAAACUGUGAUUUACUUUUGUUUGAUUAUCAUUUAAUACUUGUGAAACUAUUUUUGAAAACAGUUAAAAUGUACUAUAUUUUAAACACCACAGUUAUUUAUGUGUAAUAUAUUUAUGUACAUAAAAUGACAUAUAUAUUAUGUGUAAAUAUGUUGUUUAGUAGCUUGGCAAGUUGCUUCCAGUGAUGCAGCUGGUCCUCAGUGUGUAGAGCAUUUUUGAUGAACUCAUCAAGUGCAGUAGCUGCUGGAUAACUGUUGACACAGUGAACACUCGUCCACUGAGGUUGUUCCUCAUUCAAUUCAAACAUUCAACAAUUGCAAUGCAAGAUUUUUUUCAUAUGAUCUAAGUAUCCAAAACUGCAGCCCCAUUCAAACAUUUUUAAUCAGCAAAAAGCUCAAGACAAUGAGCAGAUAUUACCUUUACUACUAUGUGGUGUUGAGCUUCCAGAUAUAUUGUCAUCACAUUUUUCCAUUUUCUCAAACAUUGGUUUUGAAAUCAGCCUCGAGAAUCUUGGUUGAGCUAUAGUACGUUGAUCUAAAAAGCUGCACAUAUGCAAUAUUUGCUUCUCAUUUUUCUCUCACUGUUUUCUCAAAUGUUCUGUAUUAUCCUCAUACUUUUAUCUGGUUACUUUCUAUAUGGUGUGCACUUUGUUAGUUAACAUGAAAUCUCCAGUUAAUAAAUUUGCUUUUCUGUAAAUAACA